GGUUUGAACUGCCCUGCAUUCCCUGGGGCCGAGGGUGAGCAUGGGAGACAAGAGAGUCUGCGGGUCACACAGCAGGAGCAUGCUGGGCCUGGAACCAGGAGUAGAGCCCGAGAGAAGCCUCCAGGAGGAGGACUGUGCUGGCAGCACAGUGGUGGGCGGCACCAGCGCGGGCAGGUUUCCAGGAGUGGAAGCCCAGGUGGCCAGCACCGAGCCUGCCCACCCGUGACUCACUGCCCUGCCUCGGCCGGGGUGUUUUCCUGGUUUCCCACAGAACAUCCAAUUCCUGAACAUCUGCCGUGUGCUUCUCCCCGCUGUCCUGCCUCUGGGGCCUGGGCUUUGUGGAGGUGGGCAGAGAAGGCGCUGGGCCAGACCCAUCCCCCACCUAUCCAGCAGCACAGCGCACCUGCGUCAGGGGCAUGUGGGGAGCUGAGCCGUUUGGCACGGGGGCGAGGCCGGGAUGCCAGUGUGGAGACUGAGCAGCGAGGCCGGUACCGGGCACACUGAUGUUUCCGGGACCAGGCAGAGAGAGCCGGAGGAGGCCAAGCUGGCCCCGCAGGAUGGACGUGUCCUGGUGCCAGCCUUCCCCCGACCCCUGGUGACUGGCCACACGGCAGGACUGGUCCCUGGGCGUGGGCAGGCGUGUCACUGGCCUGACUCCACGGUGCUCAGGCUCCCGGCCCUGCCCCAUGACUGGCCCGCACAGGAAGAUGACCCCACCUGGGCCAGCCACCAAAAACCCAUCUGACCAGCCCAGGAGGCGGGGGCCUGCCGGGAUGGCAGGAGUAAGGAGGGGACCCUCUGGGCCUGGCUUCCUCUAGCGGGACAGAGAGGGUUCUGGGGUCCUGACCUCAACCCACCCUUCCCAACACACCCCAUUCUGCUAUGUCACUGGGCUGGCCCCAGAGCUUUGACCAGGCAGAGGCCAGGGGGAGGUGACCUCUGAGGAGGGCAUCCGGAGCUGCCUGCGGUGCCCUGCACCUCAGAGAGUUUCUGGGUGGCCUCUGUAUGAGUGGGGAUCUCCACUCCUGUGCUGGAGGGCCUCCUUGCAGCCUUACGGGGCUGGCUCGUGAUGGGAACGUGACAGGCCUAGCCCAGACAGGAACAAAGGCAAUGGGACAAAUCAACAUGGACACGCACACUGUGGCUGUGCUUCAGCCACAGAGCAGAAGGACCCCUCAGAGCUCUGAGCUGGUGGGGGUCCUGGCAGGCUUCCUGGAGGAGGUGACGCUUGAACUAAGAGCUGAAGAACAGGCAUCACCCAGGUCAAAGCCAAAAAGCUUUCCCAUCGUGAGGAUGCUGCCGCCAGAGGGUCCCCGGGCCUCCGAAGAGGGCACAGCCGCUGGGCCCCAGCGAGGUGACUGCGUCAUCUGCUACUCAGCCUAUGACCUCACUGGGCACCUACCCCGCCGCCUCUACUGCGGUCACACCUUCUGCCAGGCGUGCGUGCGGCGGCUGGACACGCCAGCCCACGAGCAGCGCUGGAUCCCCUGCCCGCAGUGCCGCCAGAGCACACCCACGCCCCGUGGAGGGGUGGCCAUGCUGGACCUCGACCUGGCGGCCUUCCUGGCCGUCAGGGCCGAGCGGGAGCCGCCUCGCACAGAACCCCAGCCCCCCACGCCCCUCAAAGGCAGCACCGCCAUCACUCAGCAGCCGGCCAGGCUUUGGCCUGCCUUGGGCCCCCAGCCCCACUUCCCCCAGCCCAGAUGCUGCUUCUGGGGCUGCAGCGGCCUCUGCUGGGACCCCCCAGGCAGCCCCGAGGCCUGAGCUCCGGCCGGUCUGCAGCACGGCUGCC